AUGCACACUACUUUGGGUCCAAUCAGCACGACGACCCGCGCGAUAUCCCGCAGGACGUGCGCGGGGAGGAGGUGCUGCUCCGGUUUCUCAAGAACACGCUCGGACCCAAGGCGCACAACUUAG